AUGGCUCUAUUAAAACGACCCUUAACCAAGGAAACGGCGACAAUUGUGGAAAAUAACAACUGUAACGGUAGCAAAGUUGACACAGAAUAUGAGACAGCUGCUAAACGCAAGAAACGCUCCUCACGUGACGAUGACGCCAAUAACAACAAUCACAUCAACGCCAAAUACGACGAACGCCUUUCUUUGCCCCAAAAGAAACGUGCCCUGAAUACCGGCACCAUGGAUCAAUUGGGCAAAUCACCCAAUGAGGAUCAGGAUGAUGAAACUCUGAUACGCGAGACUCAGGCUGCCUUGAAAAGCCUUUCCGGCAGCUGGCCCGAAGCUCGCAACAAUCCCUAUCGACUACCCGAACAGGAUGAACAGCCGCCUGCCUUUCAGAAUUUAUUCGAGGAAAAGCAAAAACAAAAAGAAAAUGACCAGGCGCGCCUGAACAUACAGAAUGGUCAGCAGGACAACGAAGAGGAUCGCAAGAAGAGUGCUUUUACACAGGCCUCAGCCUUUAAGCCACCUCACGAUAUAAAACGCAAUGGUCUUAUGAGUUACCCGACCCACUAUCCGGCAUAUGGAGCUGCAAGUGGAAUAGACACCAGUGCCGCCAAUACAUCCUAUAUGGGAUAUCCACCUGUCGUUGCGCCCACCACCGUCCAUUCGCAUAGUACCGCUUCUCUAUUGUCGAGCCGUCCCCAGGUCUAUGAUACUGCGGAUCGCAUUACCUCAGAUACCGUAAAGAUGGAGUCAGAGGCAAGCAACAAAUCUCAGGAUGAAGCCACAAAACACUAUACCAUUCUUCAGCCAGCCGGCAUUGGAAGUCGUGCCGCUUCUGUCAUGCAGGAUAUCAAUCGCAGUGCCAACGGUGAUGGGGCAGAUGCUCAGAUCUCUUCAACGGCCAAUUUGGUGAGCCCACCAACAUAUUCGCCGGGCAGUCUGAAUCGCGAUGGUAAUAAAUGUCCCACACCGAAUUGUUUUGGCCAGGGUCAUAUAACCGGAUUGUAUUCCCACCAUAGAAGUUUGUCAGGUUGUCCCAAACGUGAUAAGGUCACAUCCGAAUUGUUGGCUUUGCAUGAGCAAAUUAUAAAGUGUCCCACUCCCGGCUGCAAUGGCCGAGGCCAUGUCCAGCCACAUCGUAGUGUUCAUCGCAGUUUAUCUGGUUGCCCCCAGGCGGCCAAAGGGGUGGCCAAAAAGCAUUUGAAAUUGUUGCUUAACACUACUGAUGGCUUAGCUGAUGAGAGUAGUCGAGGCAUCGAAACGAAUUUCGAACCCAAAGCUCCUGGUGAGGCUAAGGAUUUGCAUCAUUUGGAUAAAUAUAAGAUAUCAGCCAGCCAUUACUUGAAUAACAACGGAAGCGGCGGCAACAAGUUGAGCUCCAGUCCCUGCCAGGAAAGCAGCAACGGCAGCAGUAUAAGCAGCAGCGGCGGCAAUAUGCCCAUCAUCAAGUCGGAAUUCAGUCCAGUGCCAAACAUUAAAUCCGAAUACAAUAAAAGUCCAAUGCAUUCGUAUCUCUCCGCUGACAAUACAAAUGCCCCGGGACGGGCAAAUUCCAAUGGCACUAGUUCCUCGGUAACGGCGGCGGCCAAUGCCAGUAGUAGUGGCCAGAGUGGUCCAGGCAACACAACGACCGGAACACUUCAGCAGCAGCAGCAGCAACAGUCCCAUAACGACAUGAACCGUUUUGUGGGAAUGCAGUCACAUGCCAUCAGCGACCAACAGAGUCCUCACAAUGGCCAAACUUUGCAUCAGCAACGGGGUCCAUUCAUUGAAGGAUCUUCCGGUCUAAUGAUGACUGCGGGCCAAAACUCAACUUCCGCUGGUGAUGGCAGUGAGUCGUACCACAAUGACCAUCACUCCCAGCAAGCAAACUCACAACAGGCUGACCAGCAACAGCAGCAACAGCAACAUCAACAGCAAUACGAACACAUGCGCUACAGCCACCACUCCCUUGCCAAUGGAGGCGAGAGUCUGAGUAAACCUCCCUCGGCCUAUGGCGGCAGUGAUAUGUUAACCAGCAACGGCAAUGGCAACAAUGGCAGCAUUUCCCCCGGUGCUCGCAGCUACGAUCCCCAUCCCCCCACAUCGAUAUCGUCCAGUGUGUCUUCUUCCUAUGUGGACUCGUCGACGCCUUCCGGUGGCGGUGUGAGUGGGCUGAGUACAGCCUUCGAACGCUACGACCCCAACUGUGGCGGCCAAAGACCAGCGAAUAUGUACCCCUAUCUGUCGCAAUCCGCCGAUGAUAUCCACUCCCAGCAGCAAAAGUAUUUGCAGGAUCAACAACUGCUAAUGGCCAAGGUGGAGCAUGAUGAGAUGGCGAACGGAGGCCCCAUAUAUCCUAGGCCCAUGUAUCAUUAUGACCCUAGCAUGGGCCCCUUGCCACCGGGUUUCUCGGCCAUAAAUCUAUCGGUGAAAAUGGCUGCCGCCCAGGCUGCAGCAGCUGCGGCCGCAUAUCAAAAUCAACAAACGCAACAGCCUUCUCAGACAUCAGCCCAGCAAUCGCAAUCACAUCAGCAACAGCAGCAGCAACAGUCCCAGCAGCAGCAGCAGCAACAGCCCAAGCAAAGUGGAUCUCCUUCCCCCUCAACGGCACCGGUGGUCGAUCUUUCGGGGUCGACAUCGGUGACCUCGUCCAGUCCUCAGGGUUUCAAUUCACCAGCUUCGCACAACCAAUACAGCCAGAGAAUCGGUGCAGGAAGUCCCCAGCCUGGAGCUAGUCCGAAUGUAGCCAGCCCCCAAGUGCCAAGUCCACAGGGUCAAACGUUGGAUCUGACAGUGAGUCGACUGCCGCACAGCAUCAUUACCAGUCCCCAGUAUGGUGCGCAUCCCGAUGGUGUGGUGGUAGGUGCCCAUCCGCAAGGAUUUGGUCCAGGAUUGCCGACAUCGGCAGCAAACGGCUUUGGUCUCGUUGGUCAUAUUGGUGGUCCCCGGCCCUAUAGUCGUGAAUCUACACCGGACAGUGGUGGCUCGCAUUACAUAGACAGUUACCGGGAUCCCAGUGGCUACUCUCCCCAUCCUGGCUAUGGCAUGGUUGUACAGUCUGAUUAUCCCCCAGCCGGCUAUCAUGGUUAUGGUGCAGCCGCCGCCUAUCAAUGUAGCAAUCCUUAUGCCACUGCUGUCGGUCCCGGCGGAUAUCCGACCCCAGUAUCGGGUGGUUACUCCACUAGUCCAGCAUCCUGUUACUCCAUGCCACCGCCCCAGCAUAUACCGCAACAUGACAAGACAAAGGAUAGUUUGACCGGCUGUCCUCGAACGGAUCGCAAUCACUUGCAGCCCCACUCGCAGGAGCUGAAGUGUCCUACGCCGGGCUGUGAUGGCUCUGGCCAUGUGACGGGCAACUAUUCAUCGCAUCGCAGUUUGUCCGGUUGCCCCAGAGCCAAUAAGCCCAAGAGUAAACCCAGGGAUGGCCAAGACUCGGAGCCCUUGAGGUGUCCCAUACCUGGCUGUGAUGGCUCUGGUCAUUCCACGGGUAAAUUUCUGUCACACAGAAGUGCUUCCGGCUGCCCUAUUGCUAAUCGCAAUAAAAUGCGCGUCCUUGAGGCUGGCGGCACCGUGGAACAACAUAAAGCGGCUGUCGCUGCUGCCACUGCCAUGAAGUUUGAUGGAUGUGGCUCAGCCUCGCAGGCCAUCAAAAAGCCCAAAUUCGAUGAGGUCACCAUGGUGUAUCCCAAGGGCUAUACAGGUAUGGACAUGAUGAUGAAUGCCGUGGGAAGUGGUUCGUCGGUGUCCGCGGCAGUGUCAGCUUCCGCCGCCGCCGCCGCCGCUGCUGCUGCUGCCGUCUCAGCCUCGUCCACUUCGUCCAACAUUCCGCUGGGGGGCACCAGCAGCUCGUCCAGCCUAUCCAGUGUGGCUGCGGGCAUGCUGCCCGAUAGCCUGUCCCAGUCGGUCAGUGCGUCUUCGUCGGCGUCGUCGUCGUCCGCCACAGCAGGUAUACAUUCAAGUACUACUGGUAAUGAAACAAAUGAGGAUCUUAAUACUUUAGAGGCUGAAAUCACAGAACUGCAGCGUGAAAACGCCCGUGUCGAAUCGCAGAUGAUGCGUCUCAAGUCGGACAUCAAUGCCAUGGAGUCACAAUUGAACACCAGCGAUAGGGAGACUUCUCCGCUGAGUGCUCAUCAACAGCGUUCUCUCGCUUCGGUGACUAGCACUGCUGGAGGAACAACAGCUCUUGCUGCAGUCUCCUCCAGUGGCUCGGCCAGUUCAAACGCGGACUCCACCAACAGCGGCAGCAACGCUAACGGCACCACCAACGGCCUCACGAACUCCUUCACCAGCAUCAACCACCACUUAGGAGGAGGAGGAGGAGAUAUAGCGGUAGGAGCAGGUGGAACAGGAAGUUCAGGAGGCGACACCGGCUCCUCAGCGAUCAGCUCCAACUAUGACAGCUCCCUGACAAGUUCAACCACUGGCCCCACAUCCUCCAACAUCAACAACUAUUACGAAAGCCUGCGCAACAAUGUCAUAACGCUCUUGGAGCAUGUGCGCAUACCACCAGCCGGCCAUAAUGGGGGCGCCACCGGCGCUAACAACCUGCCAACAGCCACCGGCAUGUCCAGUGUGGCCAAUCAACAUUCGGCCUAUGCCUCACAUCCAUCGUUGAUACCGCCUGGUCCUUUGCCCAGCACUUCAAUAGCGGCCAGCAGUGCUGUGUCCAUGUACGGCAGCUCUAUGCAUCCCCUAUCGUCGUCCCAUGCAGGUGGAAUGCAUCCACCACCGCCACCUCCACCGCCUCCAACACACUCCUCGGCGGCCCAUCAUCCUUACACCGUACAUCAUCCUGCUGGUUAUCCUCAUCCGGAACCCUUUGACUCAUACAUUUCCAAGUUGCAGUCAUUGUGCGUGCCACCCGAUGUCUAUGCCCUGCCUGAGGAUAGCGGCAGACCCGUAUACGAUUCCGUAAAGUCCAGUUUGCACCAGGACUAUACAGUUAUGCCCACCCCCAUCUAAAGUUCAUCGCCAACAGUGACACAGUGUUCGAUGCAAUGUUGUAAAUAAGGCUAAUUCCUCAUAGUAUUUUACCUAUCAAACCGCCCCAUUACAGUCUUGUAUAGUUCCCCAUGGAGUCCAAUGGAUUCUGACGAAAUCUGUGAGCAAAUUUGCACACAGCUCGAGUUUUGUAUAUACCUGAAAUAUAGGAGAAUAUAUAGCAAAUAUAAUUAUUCUUAUUAUUAUUUAUUUAAUUUAGUUUUUGAAAAUAUGAACAAAAAACUUUUAAAGUGUCUAGGCCUACUGCAGACUAAGCAAAAUACCAUGUAAAAUAGCCAACAAAUUUUGUAAAUUUUAAUGACUUCUUUAUGCAUAGGAUAAGCAUACCCAGUCCAACUGCAAUGGUUGGGUUGCUGGUAUUAUGAAUUAAAAAACAAAUGUGAUUUUUAGUAUUCGGUAGUUAUGUACGACAAUUGUCUGUCUCAAAGAAGAGGACUGUCAGAGGUCCUUAGCAAUGUCCUUUUAUAAACGUAACAUUUUGUAGGCUAUGGUGAUUGAUAUUCAUAUUAGGACCUUAGAUAUACCAACAUACCUACUUAUACUUGCGUCACAAGUAUUUUAAAUCAAAAAAGGUAACUGAUACCCCUUCCCCUCCCCCCCUACCCCCCUUUACCAAAUGAAUUAAAACUAUACGAAUGACAAGAAUGAAUGCAAUUUAAUCACACUGAUCAUACAUUACAUUAUGAUUUUCGUAGCUGUGUAAGCGAAG